GGAACAAUUUCUGGGGUGGGGGAAUUAUUGUGACCGUUGAAGUAUGGAUUCUGGAAGGGGCCAGGCUGUUCUAGAACAUCACAGAUCGCAUCGCAGUAGUAAGGAAGGGACCAUUCCGCAAUCCAGAUCUUGUUAAUUUUUUGUACAGUAAUUUCCAAAUCAAAAUUCAAGCGAAAUUGUCCAAAAUGUCGUUGGCGAACGCUGAAGAUCCAGAUACAAGACGGAAGGCCAUGUACAAGCAAAGAUCAGAGUCUCCAAGAUUCAGGGAUUUGCUCAGGGAGAGGUGUCACAGACGAAUCAAAGCAAGUCGAGUUGCUCUUCUAGAACAAUUUCGGAACAUAAAUAACACAGUUGAAGUCCACAGUGCGUUAAGUAGCAUUAUUCACCAAGAGGCCAGCGUCCUUAGGGAAGAAAUAUAUGUUGAGGAAAUGGAAACCGAAGAAGAUAAAUCAAUAACUACACCCCAAAAUGAAGUCUAUCUGCAAGAAAUUUUAAGAGAAUAUGAAAAUGUAUUGGAGGAGGAAGAAACAAUGUUCAGCAAAGACUGGGAUGAACAAGUGAUAUGCCCCUUAUGUGAAAAGUGCGUAUUGAAGCAGAGGGCUGAUGGAUCCGUCGUAUGCGUAAAAUGCUCAUCUCACUAUCCAAGAGUGCCUACAUUGCAUCACUUGCGCAAUUUGCUCAAUUCGAGCCUUGAAGCUCACGAGCGCAAUUGUAAAGACUUGUCACAGUUUGCCUUGAUCAACGACCGAUAUACAAACGGGCUGUUUCUAAUCUGCCAGACGUGUCAGUUCUUCUUUCAAACUCUUUAAGGACGCCCGUUAUGCCAUUUGUAAAUAAUAUUUAUGUGAUAUUAAACCCUAUUUAUAGUGUU